UCAACAUGAAUCACAUGGCACGGUCUUUAGAAGAGUUAAUUUAAAUUGUUGUUUUAGUACGAAUGAAGACAGAGCUGAGGAUGUUGUGGGAACGGAGGAAGCGACUGCUCUUGCUUGCUUGCAUUUAAAGCGUGUUGUGUUGUCAAGUGAUGAUGGCCAGCGGAAGAUUAGCGGUGUCGUUUAUUCUGGCGAUGGUUUGUUUGUUUAUAGUUUCUGAGUACGGGAUUUAUUACGCUGUUAUUUUGCGAUGCUACUGGCCUGAUUCAGACUCCCAUUCCGAUGUGCGAGCGUUAAUUCUCUCUGAUACUCACCUAUUGGGGACCAUAAAAGGACAUUGGUUCGACAAACUCAGAAGAGAGUGGCAGAUGGAAAGAGCAUUCCAGACUUCUCUGUGGCUUUUCAAACCAGAAGUUGUUUUUAUUUUAGGAGAUGUGUUUGAUGAGGGCAAGUGGAGCUCCCCUGAGGACUGGGAAGAUGACGUCAGGCGUUUUAAACGUAUCUUCCGCCAUCCCAGUGAUACAGAGCUUGUUGUCCUUAUUGGAAAUCAUGACAUUGGCUUUCAUUAUGAUAUGACUCAGCAGAAGUUGGAGCGCUUUGAGCAGGUGUUUAAUGUUACAUCAGCACGCAUUCUCACCAUUCGAGAAGUCAAUUUCUUACUAGUGAACAGUGUUGCGUUGCAUGGUGAUCACUGCCCCAUCUGUCAGCGUGUAGAAAACGAAUUAUACAAACUCUCAGAUGGUCUUAAUUGCUCCAUUCAGGGUACAGAACAUGAUGACCACUGCAAAAACACAGAUACUUUUGCCCCAACAGCUCCUAUUCUGCUACAACAUUACCCUCUCUAUAGAGUGAGUGAUGCCAUGUGCACAGGUGUGGAUGCAGCCCCAAUGAAUGAAAGAUACCAUCAGUUUCAUGAGCGAUAUGAUGUCAUUUCUCAGGUUGCGUCCAGAAAGCUUCUGUGGUGGUUCAGACCUCGACUCAUUCUAAGUGGCCACACCCACAGUGGCUGUGAGGUUGUGCAUGAGAACCGCUACCCUGAGGUCAGUGUACCAUCCUUUAACUGGAGGAACCGCAACAACCCCAGCUUCAUUCUGGGCUUGUUCUCCAGGUCUGAUUUUCGACUGUCAAAGUGUUUUCUUCCAGAGGAAAGAAGUAUUCUUGCACUUUACUGUGGCAGUGGUUUUACCAUUGCUCUGGUAGUACUUGGUCAUCUCAAGCUGUUCAGAAGACCAUUGCACUUCACAAUUUUGGGAAAGCACAAGACUUUGUAACACACACGGAAGACUGAUAUGAACAGAAGCUAUUAGGUCGAUCGCUAAUAAGUGAUUUUACAACUAGAAUGAUUAAAUGCAGUUUCAUCAGUGUCCUAAUAAAAAUGUAGAAGCAUUUUAUUCGAUGACUGACUAAUGUGAAAUUUGGAUUUCCAUGAUUACCAUAUGUACCUCGAUUUGAAGGGGCAACAUACACCUGUAUUUUAGAGAUAUUUUAUUUAUAAAUUUACAUGUCUUUCCACAUUGCCAUUUUAAACAAAGACAAAAGUCUUUGAAUGCGUAUCUUAAAAUAAACCGUGAGAAAGAAACA